AUUUUCUCCAGGGCGCAACUUGACAAAAGCCAACUGUCAUUCAAAGUCGUUGCAUUUAGAAUUCAUGCCAGCAUACUCUAAAAGAAAGUCGAGGUCUUCUUUGGAGGUUUCAGAGAAGUCGAACCAGCCGAAAAUUGUUAAGAGAACCGCUCAGAAUGGGAAAAAUGGCAUUGACAAUUCGCCUGAACAAGAAACAGCGGUAGAGGAGUCAAUUGUUCCAGAUAAUACUGAAAAAAUAGAGGAUGAAGAACUCCGAAGAUUACGCGAGAAUCAAAGUGCUGUGGAACAGUUUACGACGAAAGAGUCCGAGUCGAAUGAUGAAGGAUCUCCAGCGGGAAUUGUAGAUGGACAAGAAGAUGAAAAAGAAAAGGAGGAAGAAGUAACGGAGCAAAAAAAUACUGGAAGUCGCCCUCUUCCUGCAGGAUCUGUUCACAGAACGACUACUCAUUUAGCUCCAGUGCCCGCUCGUCCUCUCAACUCUCAUAAUACCAAUACCCAACGAUUGAUCGUUGUUUUGGACCAAGCUUGUUUGGAGAUUUACAAAGUUGGAAAGGCAAAGGAUGCAAAAUACCAGCUUUUGAAUUGUGAUGACCAUCAAGGUAUCUUGAAGAAAUUAAACAGAAACAUUGCUCAAGCUCGUCCAGACAUUACUCACCAGUGUCUGUUAACAUUAUUGGAUUCCCCUCUUAACAAGGCCGGACGUCUGCAGGUUUAUAUUCAUACAGCCAAGAAGGUUCUCGUGGAAGUGAAUCCUUCUGUUCGUAUCCCUCGUACAUUUAAGCGUUUUUCUGGUUUGAUGGUUCAACUCCUCCACAAGCUCUCCAUUCGAAGUGUGAAUGGUAAUGAGAAAUUGCUAAAGGUUAUCAAAAACCCUGUUACCGAUUACCUUCCUCCUAAUUGUCGAAAGGCUACUUUAUCUUUUGAUGCACCCACUGUUCCUACUCCUAAGUACCUGGAAACUUUGGAACCUAAUCAAUCUGUUUGCAUUGCCAUUGGUGCCAUGGCUCAUGGUCCGGAUGACUUUUCAGACGGCUGGGUGGACGAGAAGAUUAGUAUCAGCGACUAUCCUUUAAGUGCGAGUAUUGCAUGUUCAAAGUUUGUUCAUUCUAUGGAAGACUUUUUAGGAAUUGUGUAAACAAUUGUGAAGGAGUGCGUCUAGUAUUAUCUAGGUGCUUAUAGUAUAAUUCGGUUUAAUAUUUUUUUAGAUUUUGGUCAAAUGAACAUCUCUCAUUUUCCCUGAAAGUGUCCUAGGAGCUCUGUGAGAAAAACGAAAGGAAAGAGUGGUUAAUUUUUUGGGUCAUUUAUUAGACAUAAGCAUUGCUAUACUCAUCAAUCAAUACUAAUUAACGGGAAAUGUAUACGAUGUUUUAGGUAGAAAAGAUUCAUUUUAUUAUCAGAUACCAAUUAUGCAAAAAACCA